UCUGUCAUAUAAUGAUAUUGACUUAUAAACAAACAUCCAAUUUUUCUAAGUUUUGCCUUACAAGUCCCUCUUCUUACAUAAUUAUAUUGGCCCUUAAGCUACUCAAAUUCCCUCUUUUUCUACACCAAUAAUUUUGUUUCCUUAUUUUUCACUUUCAUACUAUAAAUUCUUAUAAAUUUAGUGAUCUAAUGAGCCUUCAACAAAAUUGCACUUCUACAACCCACCAUCACAUUUAAUCAUGAAUGCCAAUUUCAAGUUUAAACUUCUUUUUAUACUUUCAUUUUUAUUAGGCCUGACUCGAGCUGAUCCAGAACUACUCCAAGACUAUUGCAUAGCGGACACAAUGGGCCAACAUUCAUUCUUUAUGAAUGGAAACUCGUGUUUAGAUCCAGAUCUAGCUAGCUCAGACCAUUUUGCGACUUCAGCUCUAUCUAAAUCCGGUAACACAAGUAUGAACCAAUUUGGUUUUAGUGUCAUCCUUACCACUAGCCAAAACCUUCCGGGCUAUCGAACCCAAGGCCUAACCAUGGCUCGAGUCGAUAUUGCUCCGGAUGGGCUUGUACCACCCCACGCUCAUCCGCGGGCUUCAGAAGUCACCACGUGCCUUAAGGGUGACAUCUUAGUGGGCUUUGUUGAUACGUCCAAUAAGAUGUACACUCAAAGAUUAAGGCCCGGUGAAUCAUUUGUUUUUCCAAAAGGCUUAAUCCAUUUUCUUUAUAAUGUGGACCAAAAAAGCCCAGCAUUGGCUAUUUCUGGGCUUAGUAGUGAAAAUCCAGGAACCCAGGUUGCUUCACUUGCUACGUUUAAAUCUCAACCGUUCAUUCCUGAUACAGUGUUGGAGAAAGCUUUUAGUAUUGAUGGACAAGAAGUGGCUCGAAUCAGAAAUCACCUCCAAGGUUAAUUUGUAUUUAGCUAAUAUAAUUAAUUCAUGUAAUUACUAAUCUUUUUGAAUGAUUUGAUUGUAAACCAUGAGAAAUAACACGAAAAUGUAUAAAAAAUUGAGAAUGAAUUCCCUGUGAAGUAUUUUAAUUUGUUCAAUGCGAAGGGCAGGGCUAUUUAUUAACGGAUCGAGUCGGGCAAGCAAAAGAAAUUAAACUGUACGGGUUGACCCAACCCGUGAACCCGAUCCGGUCUAUUUAUCUUAGUCUUUUAUUUAUUAAGUGAACUAAUUCAUUAUAAGUUAUUUAUGUGAGAGACUAUUUUAUGUGAACGAUCACAUAAUAAUGAGUCUAUAUUCUCAUAAUAUGUACUAGAUCGACUACUUAACCAAUAUAUGAGGCGCGUC